CGAGGCGGUCCUGUUCCGUGGAGCAGUGUAUAUCUCUUUCUCUUUCAUUUCUUCUUCCGCUUGGCGGCGAGAACUCAAGAGAAAAGGUUUCGUUUUUGGGAAGGAGAGAGGAGUCUGGUUUUAUCUAUAAAUAGAGUUUCAUUUUCUUGAAUCUUGGAGGGAGAGAGAGGAGGAGGAGGAGGAGGAGAAGGGGGUGUGUGAGGAUUUGAGAGAAGAGAGGGAGAAGAAGAAGGGAGGGAGAAAGGGGGGGAAGAGAGGAAAGAGGGUUUGAGAAGGGGAAGGCAUUCGGCUGUUUGCUGUAUGUCAGAUUGCUGUGAGGAGUACUACGGCGGAUUCGGUGAGCUCGCGAACCCUUUGCAAUGGCCACAACUGCGGAAAAAGCGACGCCUUGCUGCUCUGCCAACCGGGGAACGGCUGUCGGUGCUGCUGCCAAGGUGAAGGCUGACUCGGUGCUACCUGUCGGCAAUGAUUGGACCGUGGAUCAGAAGCGGUCUGCUGCUUCUGCUGCUGCUUCGUCGGCCGUGACUGCGGUGAUCCGCCCUGUUGAGGAGCCUGCCAUCUCUAAGGCUCCGCCUAAGGGGGUCCAGUUACUAACAAGGGCUCAGACAAUGCACCCUUUAGAUCCACUAUCUGCUGCUGAAAUCUCUGUGGCAGUAGCAACUGUUAGGGCUGCAGGGGCAACCCCAGAGGAGCGAGAUAGCAUGCGUUUUGUGGAAAUUGUGCUGUUGGAACCUGAGAGAAGAGUUGUGGCAUUAGCUGAUGCUUACUUCUUCCCUCCUUUCCAACCUUCACUACUUCCGAGAACAAAAGGUGGUCCUUUCAUUCCAAGUAAGCUACCCCCCAGGCGGGCUAGGCUUAUUGUGUAUAACAAGCGAUCAAAUGUGACAAGCAUAUGGGUUGUUGAGCUAUCUGAAGUGCAUGCUACCGCUCGAGGUGGCCAUCACAGGGGCAAGGUCAUCUCAUCUAAAGAAGUUCCUGAUGUCCAGCCACCAAUGGAUGCGGUGGAAUACGCAGAAUGUGAAGCUGCUGUAAAGAGUUAUCCUCCUUUCAUUGAAGCAAUGAAAAGGAGGGGCAUAGAUGAUAUGGAUCUUGUCAUGGUAGAUGCCUGGUGUGUUGGUUAUCAUGGUGAGGCUGAUGCUCCCAGUCGAAGACUUGCUAAACCACUUAUUUUUUGUCGCACUGAGAGUGACUGUCCUAUGGAGAAUGGUUAUGCAAGGCCUGUUGAAGGCAUUUAUAUCCUCGUUGAUAUGCAGAAUAUGGUAAUAAUAGAGUAUGAAGACAGAAAGCUGGUGCCUCUUCCUCCAGCAGAUCCAUUAAGAAACUAUACCUCAGGGGAAACCCGAGGAGGGGUUGACCGAAGUGAUGUGAAACCCCUGCAUAUUCUUCAGCCCGAAGGCCCAAGUUUUCGUGUUAGUGGCCAUUUCAUUGAAUGGCAGAAGUGGAAUUUCAGAAUUGGUUUUACUCCCAGGGAAGGCUUGGUUAUCUACUCUGUAGCAUACACUGAUGGCAGUCGAGGUCGUAGACCUGUGGCUCAUAGGCUGAGUUUUGUUGAAAUGGUGGUUCCUUACGGAGAUCCAAAUGAGCCACACUACCGUAAGAAUGCAUUUGAUGCAGGGGAAGAUGGUUUGGGCAAGAAUGCACAUUCUCUUAAGAAGGGAUGUGACUGUUUGGGGUACAUAAAAUAUUUUGAUGCUCAUUUUACAAAUUACACUGGAGGUGUUGAGACUAUAGAAAAUUGUGUUUGCUUGCAUGAAGAAGACCAUGGGAUUUUAUGGAAGCAUCAUGAUUGGAGAACAGGCCAAGCAGAAGUUAGGCGAUCUAGAAGGCUUACUGUUUCAUUUAUAUGCACGGUUGCUAAUUAUGAGUAUGGCUUUUUCUGGCACUUUUAUCAGGAUGGUAAGAUUGAAGCUGAGGUAAAACUUACUGGCAUUCUCAGCUUAGGAGCAUUGCAGCCUGGAGAAACAAGGAAAUAUGGCACUACUAUUGCUCCAGGUUUAUAUGCACCUGUUCAUCAACAUUUUUUUGUUGCCCGCAUGGACAUGGCUAUUGAUUGCAAACCUAAUGAAGCCUUUAAUCAGGUGGUUGAGGUGAAUGUCAAAGUUGAAAAACCUGGCCAAAACAAUGUUCACAACAAUGCUUUUUAUGCUGAAGAAAAAAUUCUCAAGUCUGAAUUGCAAGCUAUGCGUGAUUGUGAUCCUUCUUCUGCACGCCAUUGGAUUGUAAGGAACACAAGAACUGUCAAUCGAACCGGGCAGCUUACUGGAUAUAAGCUUGUACCUGGUUCAAAUUGCUUGCCUCUUGCUGGUCCAGAGGCAAAGUUUCUAAGGAGAGCUGCCUUCUUGAAGCAUAAUCUUUGGGUUACUCCUCAUGACCGUGAAGAGAGGUAUCCUGGAGGAGAGUUUCCAAACCAAAAUCCACGUUUAAAUGAGGGAUUGGCAACAUGGGUUGCGAAGGACAGGUCCCUUGAAGAAACUGACAUUGUUCUCUGGUAUGUGUUUGGCGUCACCCACAUUCCUCGGCUGGAAGACUGGCCUGUCAUGCCAGUAGAACGGAUAGGUUUUAUGCUCAUGCCUCAUGGGUUCUUCAACUGCUCCCCCGCCGUGGAUGUCCCGCCGAGUUCCACUUCUGAGAUCGAACUUAAGGAAACUGGUGGAUCGAAGCCCGUUUCAGCUGGUUUGCUCGCAAAGCUGUGAAGGAUUACCUGAAGGUUGUUAAUGAUGUCUAUCAAAAUAAAAUACUUUAAAACUCUAUUGCUGUUGACAAUGUCUAGUUUGAGGUAUGCCUGGUUGUGUAUUUUGAUUUACUUUUAUUAGAUAAAAUAUCCUGUUAGAUACAACUCAAGACUAGUGGGGGGGAUUAUGACCCCUUCCGAAUAUUUCUCUAGAUGCUGUGAAUUUGGAUGUGAUAAUUUUGCCAAGUGGCUAUCAACAUACAAGAGUUGUCAGAUUUGGGGUAUGAAAUCA